AUGAUUCUUGGUCUGAUUUUCAACAAAAUGAUUCUUCAACACAUAUUGGUCGUAGAUUUUCUUCUCCUCCAGGUCCAUCCACAACCAGUGCGAAUACUUCACGAAGAUCUCGUCGUACUUUUUCUUUAUUACCAUCUUCAAGCACUAGAACGCUUUCUAUUGCUAAUUAUUUACAUACAAAACAUGCUCAAAGUAAAUGUAUUGAAAAUGAUAUUAAAUCAUUAAACAUUGAAAUUCCUUUAAUUAUUACUACAAAAUCUGAUACUUCAAGGCAACAAGUCCCUUCAUAUUGUUCUGUUGAUGAACCACCUGCAUAUAUUUAUGCUUCUAUGAUACCCCCUCCACCCGAAUAUUGCUCUGAUACAUAUGAUGUUGAUCUUGAAUGA